AUGUUUCUGUACGUAUGGGCUUCAGUGGUGGCUCAGUACAGCGUCGGCAAACUGACCAAAGAGACUGACAAGCUCAUUGCUAUUGAUGGCGUGGCUGAUCAGUUGACAAGUAUUGUACCGAGAGAGCAGUAUCUCAACGGACUCUGGAGACAGGACAGUCUCCCACUUUCUCUACUAUGGAGCACCAUAGAGGAAGAGAAGCCCCCUAGCAUCCGCGUCGCGCCGAGUUGGUCCUGGGCAUCUGUCUACACGCCCGUUGACUUUAACUUCUUAUUCCGAGCACAGACCGAGCCCAAGGUGGUCACAAAGGUCAUCGAUAUCGUCACCCGCGACGAUAAGCCAGAAAUCGUCGAGAUGUCGCGUCCAACGGCACUGGUUCUUCAAGGGCCUCUCACAGAAGUACGCUUUCGCUCUGCUACACGCAGUGGACUAGGACCCUUACACUCAAACUGGUGGAUGAGUCACAAGGCAAUGAGAGAUCGCAUCGAAUUAUGGAAUCCAAUUGACCUGACGCCUAUGCUUGUAUUCAUUGGUAAAGGCUUGAAAGCAGAUUAUCCUUGUGAUAUCUCGCUGGAUAGGGCGGUGCCAAAGAAGAGUCGAAUCUUUGCGCUCAAGAUUGUGGAAGCUGAUACUAGACAUCCUUGGCAGGAGAGAUUGCCGUCUCAGUGCGGAUUAUUGUUGAUCGCUGAUGGAGCGAGAGGGACCUUUAGGAGGAUUGGGAUGUUUGAGAUUGCAGCUGAGAAAAUGAACAGGGAUUGGGCAGACUGGAAAACACCAUUCACGUCAAUAUCGAAGUUGAGGGACGAGAUAUGGAGUGAUCCAGGUAUAGAGAAGAGGUUUUAUCUGGAGAAGGAUGACAAAGAAGGAUAUACUAUUAAGAUAGUCUGA